GAUUUUUUUUUUUUGUUUUAGCUUCGCUGGCUUUUGGCCCCUAAUCAUUUUUUCGGGUGAGCCGCUAAACCUUGCUUCUUCUUUUUUCUUUUCACUUCUUUCAUUUCGGGGCAUCAUGGCUUACAAUCCGAAUCAGUACGGUUAUCAACAACAACAGUAUGCUUACGGCGCACCGCCGCCUCAGCAGUCAUAUGGCCGUGCACCGCCUCCUCAACAGUAUGGCUCACCGGCCCUUUCUCAUCAGUCUUACGCCGGUUCCCCUCACGUCGGUUACGGUCAACCAUCGCAAGGGUAUCCUCCAGCUGGAUCCUACGGUCGACCUCCCCCACCUGCUGGUCCUCCGCCAGGAACCGAUCCUCAACUGUGGAGUUGGUUCCAAGCCGUAGAUACCGAUCAUUCGGGUCAGCUCACCGUAGAUGAACUUCAGCGUGCGCUGGUAAACGGAGACUGGAGUCCAUUCAAUAUCGAAACCGUCCGUAUGAUGGUCAAUAUGUUCGAUACAGAUAAUACCGGGACGAUUGAUUUCAACGAAUUUGCGGGGUUAUGGAAAUACAUUGAGGAUUGGAAACGAUGCUUCCAAACCUUUGAUGCCGACGGCAGUGGCAGUAUUGAUCGUAACGAGAUGAAAAAUGCUUUGCGAACCUUUGGAUACAAUCUUUCGGACGGAUUUAUUACUGUUCUUAUUCAGAAAUUCGAUAAAUAUGGCAAAGGCGAUGUUACCUUCGACAACUUUGUACAGGCAUGCGUCAAUAUCAAAACAUUGACAGACUCAUUUCAACGAUUUGAUACCGAUCGCGACGGAUGGAUCCAAAUCAAUUAUGAACAAUUUUUGGAACUUGUCAUUCGCCAGCGCGCCUAAUAGGGCAAUUGUUUGUAUUUUUUACUCUCCUGUAUAUCUUCACACGUCUUCCUUAAAAAUAUAUGCUGAAUUACCGACGGUUACUGAAUGGGUCUUUGCUCUUCAGCUAUACCACGCGAAUAGGAUGGAUGGAAUAUGAAUUAGUCUAGUGGGACCUGUCGAUUCCCUUUUUCGAUAUGGACAGACCAUAGGCAAAAAUCAUUGUUGUAUGUUAUCGGGCAUACCUUUGUUUGAGUAAAAUAUCUGACUGUCUCAGUUGAUUUCAUUCUUCCUGAAGAAUGUCAAAAACAAACUAUAUUGAUUUGAUCAAGAACUGAUGCUGAACGCGAUGCGCAACAAAACCAUGCGGAG